UGAGAAAGUCAUUGGGACAUAUGUGCAGGAACCGGAUAUAUAAGUAUUUGGAUAGAUGUGGACUGAUUAAGGAUAGACAGCAUGGCUUUGUGCAUGAUAGGUCAUGUCUAACCAAUCUAAUGGAGCUACUCGAGGAAGAUAUCAGGAAAGUGGGUGAAGACAAGGCAAGUGGAUGUUGUCUACAUGGACUUUAGCAAGGCACUUGACAAAGUCUCAUAUGGGAGGUUGGUCAAGAAGGUUCAGUCACUCAGCAUUCAAGAUGAGACAGUAAAUUGAAUGAGACACUGUCUUUGGGAGAAGCCAGAGUGUGGUAGCAGAUGGUUGCCUCUCUGACUGGAGGCCUGUGACUAGUGGUUGCAAAAAGGAUCAGUGCUGGAUCUGUUGUUGUUUUUCAUCUAUAUCAGUAAUCUGGAUAGCAAAUUUGUGGAUGACAACAAGACUGGUGGUGUAGUGGACAGUGAGGAGGACUAUCAGGGCUUUCAGUGUGAUCUGGACCAGGUGGGAAAAUGGUUUGAGAAAUGGAAAAUGGAAUUUAAUGCAGACCAGUGUGAGUUGUGGCACUUUGGUCUGACCUACCAAGGGAGGUCUUUCACAGUGACUGAUCGGGCACAGGGGAGUGUUAUAGCAGAAAGGGACCUCUUGAAGAAGAAAGUCCUUAAUUCACUGAAAGUGGUAUCACAGUUAGAUAGAGACGGAAGGGAAGAUUUUAGCCCAAUGGCCUUCAUGAACAAAAAUACUGACAACAAAAGAUGGAUGUUAUGUUGACUUGCAGAAGACAUUGCUGAAGCCUAAUUUGGAGUACUGAGUGCAGUUUUGUUCACAACCUACAGGAAAGAUUUAAGGACUUUGAAAGAGUUCAGAGAAAAUUCACAAGGAUGUUGCCAUGUCUGGAGGACUUGGGUUAUAAGGAAAGAUUGAACAGGUCAGGACUUUAUUCCUUGGAAUGUAGCAGAUUGAGGAGAGAUUUGAUUGUGAUAGAGGGGCAUAGAUAGUGUAAAUGCAAGCUGGCUUUUACCACUGAGAUGGGGUGGGAUUACAACCAGAGGCCCUGGGUUCAGGAUGAAAGGUGAAAUGUUAAGGGUAACAUGAGGGGAAACUUCUUCAUACAGUCAGUCAUCCAGGUGUGGAAUGAGCAGACAGCGCAAGAAGUGCAUGCAAGCUCAAUUUCAACAUUUCAGAGGUUCAUGUAGGUACCUGGAUGGUAGGGGUAUGGGAGUGGGCAGAUUAAAUAGUUCAGCACAGACUAGAUGGCCCAAAGGGCCUGUUUCUGUGUUGUAAUUUUCUACAAGAAUGUGAAAUAUUACAAAAAUUCACUCUGUCUUUUUAACAGCUGUGGAGACCAACCAUACACCUCAACAGGAAUUUUUUAUAUGGCGUUAAAACUGUGGCACUUAAAGUUAAUAAUACAUAAAAAAAAAUCCCAGAUGCACAUCAAGAAAGACUAUUUGUGUGAGACUGUUUCAGUUACUGUGGGGCCAGGCACCCAUGCAGUUUAGCAGGAACAGAGAAUAAUACCAAUGGAGAGAGUCCAACUCAGCCAAGGUACAAAUUGGAGAUGGCAGAAAUGCCCUAUUCUUAUAGAAACAGGAACAGCAUUAGGGAAUUGAUGGUCAUUCCAGACUGUGCCCAGUCAGGAGAUGAUUUAUCUGUCCAACCUGGGUAUAACCUCACUGUAUCAGUGUGAUUCCAGAUCAAACCUUGGCAACUCAAGUAAUCACAUCUGAAAUGUUGUCCUAAACCCAUUGAUGGAUUUUGUAAAUCUUUUACAGGUUAAACAUGAGAAGGAAUUUAUCUCCAGGAAGCUCAAACAUGGCACACCAGUUUUGUUGUCUCUGUCCAGAUAUUUAAGAAGUGGGGCGAGGGAUUCAAUCGACCAUCCUUCCUGCUCAGACUGUGGGGAGGGAUUCACUCGGUCAUCCUUCCUGCUCAGACUGUGGGGAGGGAUUCACUCCGUCAUCUGACCAACUGGCACGCCUGUCAUUUUACACAGGAGAGAGGCCAUUCACCUGCUCAGACAGUGGGAAUGUAUUCACUCGGUUAUCACAAUUGAAGGUACAUCAGCACAUUCACACUGGGCAAGGCCAUUCACCUGUACUGCGUGUGAGAAAGGAUUCAGUCAGUCUUCCCACCUGUGGACACACUAGUCAGAUCACUCUGGGCAAAGGCUGGUGAUCUGCUGAAUAUCUGGGAAAGGAUUCACUCAGUCAUCUGACCUAAUGGCACACCAGCGUGUUCACACUGGGCUGAGGCCGUUCACCUGCUCACAAUGUGGGAAGGGAUUCACUCAGUCAUCCCACCUGCACAGUCACAAGCGAGUUCACACUGGGGAGAAGCCAUUCACCUGCUCAGAAUGUGGGAAGGGAUUCACUCAGUCAUCCACACUACAGAGUCAUCAGCGAGUUCACACUGGAGAGAGGCCAUUCACCUGCUCAGAGUGUGGGAAGGGAUUCACUCGGUCAUCCCAACUACUGGCACACCAGCAAGUUCACACUGGGGAGUGGCCUUUCACCUGCUCAGAAUGUGGGAAAGGAUUCACUAAAUCAUCCAGCUUACUGGUACAUCAGCGAGUUCACACAGGGGAGAAGCCAUUCAGCUGCUCAGUCUGUGGAAAGAGAUUCAUUCAGUCAUCUUACCUGCAGAGUCAUCAGCGAGUUCACACAGGGGAGAAGCCGUUCAGCUGCUCAGUGUGUGGGAAGAGAUUCACUCAGUCAUCCCACCUACUGAGUCACCAGCGAGUUCACACUGGGGAGAGGCCGUUCACCUGCUCAGACUGUGGUAAGAGAUUCACUCAGUCUUCCACCCUACAGAGUCAUCAACGAGUUCACACUGGAGAGAGGCUGUUCACUUGCUCAGAAUGUGGGAAGAGAGUCACUGAUUCAUCUGCCCUACAGAGACAUCAGCGAGUUCACACUGGGGAGAAGCCGUUCACCUGCUCAGAAUGUGGGAAGAGAUUCACUGAUUCAUCCACCCUACAGAAGCAUCAGCGAGUUCAUACUGGGGAGAAGCCGUUCACCUGCUCAGAAUGUGGGAAGAGAUUCACUCAAUUAUCCAAUCUACAGAGACAUCAUCGAGUUCACACUGGGGAGAAGCCGUUCACCUGCUCAGUCUGUGGGAAGAGAUUCACUGAUCCAUCCACCCUACUGAGUCAUCAGCGAGUUCACACUGGGGAGAAGCCGUUCACCUGCUCAGAAUGUGGGAAGAGAUUCACUCGGUCAUCCUACCUACAGAGUCAUCAACAAGUUCACACUGGAGAGAAGCCGUUCACCUGCACAGAAUGUGGGAAGAAAUUCACUUGGUCAUCCACACUACAGAGUCACCAGCGAUUUCACACCGGGGAGAAGUCGUUCAUCUGCUCAGACUGUGGGAAGGGAUUCACUGACUCUUCCACCCUACAGAGACAUCAGCGAGUUCACACUGGGGAGAAGCCAUUCACCUGCUCAGAAUGUGGGAAGGGAUUCACUCAGUCAUCCCACCUACUGGAACACAAGUUAGUUCACACUGGGGAGAAGCCGUUCACCUGCGCAGAAUGUGGGAAGAGAUUCGCUCACUCAUCCAACCUACAUAGUCAUCAGCGAGUUCACACUGGGGAGAAGCCAUUCACCUGCUCAGUAUGUGGGAAGAGAUUCACACACUCUUCCACCCUUCAGAGACAUCAGCGAGUUCACACUGGGGAGAAGCCAUUCAUUUGCUCAGAAUGUGGGAAAGCAUUCACUCAGUCAUCCCACCUACUGGCGCACCAGUCAGUUCACACUGGGGAGAGGCUGUUCACCUGCUCAGACUGUGGGAAGGGAUUCACUCAGUCAUCCAACCUGCAGAGACAUCAGCAAGUUCACACUGGGGAGAAGCCGUUCACCUGCUCAGUCUGUGGGAAAGGAUUCACUCGGUUAUCCCAACUACUGGAACACAAGUCAGUUCAUAGUGGGGAGUGGCCAUUGUUAUUCACUCAGUCAUCUGGCCUAAUGGCUCACCAGGGAGUUCACACCGGGCAGCGGCUGUUCGCCUGCUCAGACUGUGGGAAGGGAUUCACUUGCUCAUCUAAACUGAAGGUACAUCAGCGUGUUCACACCUGUGAGAGGCCGUUCACCUGCUCAGACUGUGGGAAGGGAUUCACUUGCUCAUCCACACUAAAGGCACACCAGCGAGUACACACAGGGGUGUGGCCAUUCACCUGCUCUGAAUGUGGGAAGGGAUUCAGUAAGUCAUCUGAUCUACAAAAACACCAGCGAGUUCACACUGGGGAGAGGCCGUUCAUCUGCUCGGACUGUGGGAAGGGAUUCAGUCAUUCAUCCACCCUACACAGUCACCAACGAGUUCACACUGGGGAGAGGCCAUUCACCUGCUCAGAAUGUGGGAAAGGAUUCAGUCAUUCAUCCACCUUACAGAGACAUCAGCGAGUUCACACUGGGGAGCGGCCAUUCACCUGCUCAGUCUGUGGGAAGGGAUUCACACAGUCGUCCAAACUAUUGGCACACCAGUCAGUUCACACUGGGGAGCGGCCGUUCACCUGCUCAGACUGUGGGAAAGGAUUCACGCUGUCAUCUAAUCUACUGAGACACCAGCGAGUUCACACUGGGUAGAGGCCGAUCACCUGCUCAGUCUUUGGCAAGAGAUUCUCUCGGCCAUCUCCACCAAAUGUGCAUGAUUGUCAAGUCAAACUUGAGUUUCAGGAAGGUAUCAAGGAAGAGCAAGAAUUCACUCGCAGAGAGGACGAAACCUUCUGCCUGAGGGCGGUUUCUGCCCAGAACAUUUGGGCGGACCCCGCAGCGUCACAGUGGCAGUCCGAGAGCAGCGUCACAGUGGCAGUCCGAGAGCAGCGUCACAUCCCGCGGUAAGAUGCCGAACUUUAAAUAAUUGUUGAGACUGUUUCAGGGAGAGGAGCACUGCUGUCACUGCGUUUGGGUGAACUCCGCUAUCGGGAUCAUCGCACACAGGCACUUCUUGAAAACGGCGCAAGGCUUAAGAAGAGCUCGCGGACCUUCAAAAGGGUUCACCCAGUUUGGAAUCAUAACGAUCCAGUAGAGAAACGGAGGUGCCGGUCCGAAAUCGUCUCCGAAGUUCGACAGGCAGCCAGUUUUUCACCUGAUCCUAAUGCUAAUGCUACUGCCACUGCCUUAUGACUUAUGACUAACCUUGACUAGACUAAUGACUGACUUACCGCUGGUUAUUUAUGACUACUGACUAAUAAUUAUUAACUGCCACGCUUGCGAAAAUAAAAAUAAAAAAGGAAAAAGAAGGAAAGCUGUUUGGUCAUUGAGUGGAAUCCAGUUAAAACCUUCGGGUAGGCGUAUUCAGUCCCUUUCAGGUGGGGAAGCUGCACAUGGGAGCAAGAACUCCGACUUGACAGUGAAAAAGUGGUUGACAGUGAAAAUACUGCUUGACAACACUGUUUGACCAGGAAACAGAAAUCUGGGAGCUUUGAGCAGGAACAGCAAGAGCAAUAACCUGGAGUCCUGAAAAAGGAAGGAAAUCAAGUUCAGAUAAAACAACAUCAA